AUGGAGGAGGAGGAGGGUGAGUCGCGUUUGCACCGCGAACCGGGGGAACCCUUUAGUGGAGACGGGAACCUCGGUUUCAAGCGAGUUUCACCCUGCAAAACACCCAGCGUCGGCCACAGGAGCCUCGAAACUUUCUGUCUGCCUGCACCCCCGUGUGUUUGUGCGAACCGGCACGGCUCACCCCCCCCCCUCCCCCCGCCUGUGCCCUCCCUGCCUCCUGGCCUGCCCGCCAAAGGAUCCUCUCCCUUACGCGCACGCGCGAGCGACGUAUUCAAGUGCUGCCUUGCACGUUUUCUCAUGACCAAACUGCCUGUCUAUGUGCCUGUAGGGCGCCGUCCCCGCAACUUGGUCUUAUCCGUGUGCGACUUUAAGCUCCAUCAGCAGGCAGGGCCUGCGGGAGGCUCUUUCCGAGCAGGCGCUGCUCCCCCAGAGGCGUCUAGCGGACCCCCAGGAAGAGUGGGAUGCAAGCUGAUUGUCGGCAGGGGCACACAGCUGCUUCUCCACGGGGGCGCCGAUGAAACCGGAUGUUACGGCGACCUGCACGCGAUAGAACUUGAGAAGGCAGCGUGCACCGAAUUGCUGGUUGGUGGGUUUUCUAAGCCAACGGGCCGCUAUGGCCACUCUCUGUGUGCUCACGGAGAGGUUGCAAUUCUAUUUGGCGGCCUGGCAGAGGCAGAAAGUGCCACGCAGCAGCUGAAAUUAGAUGAAUUAGAGUGGAUGCAGCCCGAGACAGAAGGUCAAGCGCCGCAGCCUCGCGCCUUUCAUGCUGCAGCAAUAUGCGAGGACGCACUGCUGAUUUUUGGGGGCGUCCUGGAUUCUGCCUUCUCCGAGGCACGAAACGACUUGCACUUGCUAGACUUGAAUGCAUGGAGGUGGGCAGAGGCUUGUGGGGAGGAGAGGCAGCGCACGGAAGAAGCGAGCACUGAGGAACUCUCGGCAAACGGGGUGUCUGAGGACCUCCGGUUCAUCUUGAGAGGCGCUUCUCCAGCUCCCCGAUAUGGCCAUGCCAUGGCUCGCGUUCCCAAAAAGAAUCGAUGCAUCAUGUUUGGGGGGGAAGAGGACGGGGGCACCUUGUGGUGUCUCGACCUGAACUUUGCAUAUCACGGACCCCGUAGCAGCAACUCCAGCAACAAGAACUUGCUGCCAGGCGGAAACGUGAAUCUGCUGCAGAAGGUGGAGGCCUCUUGGAGCCGUAUAGAAACCUACCGAACGGGCCCUCAGAGCCGCCGAUUUCAUUCCUUGGCGCUGAUUGGGGCGGAACGGCUCGUGAUUUUUGGGGGUGUGGCCGUCUCGAAGCCUCAAGAUCCUACAGGAUUCUACGUGUUGGAUCUGAAUGCUUGCCGAUGGCGGCGCCCUAUGUAUGAGGGAUCUGCGUGCUUGAGUGGCGCUGGAGAGGCGGUGCUGCACGAUAAACUCAUCCUUUUCGGAGGGGCGUCCGUUACGCACAGCAUCAGACACCUCUCAGGUUCCCCUGCGCCGGCAGAGGCCAAGGAUGCAAGCAACCUUCCAGGUGCAUAUAGAGAUAUAUGUAGAUAUGCAGAUCUUUGUACCGCACGGGGUUCCGAUCCCCCGGGAGAUGCCAGCAUCAGCAGCAACACGGGUGUGCGCAGCAGCAGCAGCAUCACCGGACGGCUGCUGUUUCUCUCCGUCUUGGAAAUCAAAGAUGGCAUGUCGGCAGAAGAAUACAGAUUCAAGCUUGUUACGGUGGGAGACUCUGGCGUCGGCAAGUCGUGCCUUCUCUUGCGCUUUGUUCAGGACGAGUUCACUGACUCGCAUGUGUGCACCAUCGGUGUAGACUUCCGAUCGGUCUCUACUAUGGCCAGAGGCAGACUUUGCACUUUGCAGCUGUGGGAUACAGCAGGGCAAGAGCGAUUUAGCGGCGUUACUGGCAACUAUUAUAGAAGCGCCGAUGGCUUUGUGCUGGUUUACGACGCCACGCGAAGAGAAUCCUUCGAGCACCUCAACAAAUGGGUCGCGCAGAUCAAGGAACACCACGCAUUGGGACCUUCCACAGUGCUGCUGCUGGUUGGCAACAAGGCCGAUCUGGAGGAAGAAAUUGCAGUGUCUGAGGAGGAGGGCAGGCGUUUCGCAGAGUCUCUUGGAGCUUUCUUCACACUUGCCUCUGCAAAAACAUCGGCGAAUGUAGAUUCUGCCUUCUUGCUGAUGGCAUCAAAACUCGCAGAAAAGCGCCGCAACGCCGUUCAUGCCGCCGCUGCUCCACCAGGCAGCACUGCAGAUGCGGGAACGGCCACGGGUGAAUCGGGAGGUAGAGACAGUGCUGUCUCCCUUGUAGAGUCUCCCUCCUUCGCUGCACGCACUCACAACCUCUGCAGUGGCUGCGGAGGCUUGCGAGCGCCUCUUUCUUCCCAGCCGCGGACGGGGGCAGCCAGCAGGCGAACCCCCGCUGACGCGCAAGAACGAAGUGCUUCUGGCUGCCGACAGCCUGGAAACACUCUCGCAGCGCUGCUGCCUGCAGAAAGACUGACAAGGCUAGGAGUGCAAAUGCUCCCAAGGCGGUGCUCUGACCUUCCCCCACCCCCUACCCACCCAUUCCCUCUGGACGCCGCCUCUAAUGCUCGCUCCAAUGCCUCCGUCGGAGGAGCGAAACUGCAGACUCAGUACGAACUUAUCAGUGCGUUAUUGAGGGCUGUGACCAACAACACUUGCUACCCUAGAGAACCUCUCCAUCUAAAAUCUCCGUAG